GAAAACGUGUUACUGAAGCAACGAGGUAGCAGUUCCAUCAAAGUGAUAGACUUCGGCAGUUCGUGUUACUCACACCAGAGAGUCUACACGUACAUACAAUCACGGUUCUAUCGUUCGCCAGAAGUGAUCCUCGGUCUUCCGUACGGCACUCCCAUCGACAUGUGGAGUUUAGGUUGUAUCCUGGCAGAGCUGUACACUGGCUACCCUCUGUUUCCCGGGGAGAAUGAAGUGGAACAGCUGGCCUGUGUCAUGGAGGUCCUCGGAGUCCCACCUGAGGAUGUCAUCAUGAAUGCUUCCAGAAGACGACUAUUUUUUGACUCUAAGGGCAACCCGAGGUGUAAUUACCAACAGUAAGGGUCGCAAAAGGAAGCCAGGCUCCAAGGACAUUGCGACAGCCAUUCGCUGCAAUGACAAACUCUUUGUGGACUUUAUUACUCAGUGUCUCAAUUGGGACAGCAAGAAGCGUUUGUCACCUGACGAUGCACUACGCCAUGAGUGGCUCAAAUCAGCGACAGUGGCACCCAGCGCAGGGGCAGAGGUGCGGCGGUCGCCCUCCUCAGCUAGCCACCAGCCAGCUGCAUACAGG